GUAUGCGGAUGCGACCGUUGCGCCGUGUCAUCACGCCUUUUUGUGUGUGGGUGCCGUGGUAUCCUGGUCAGCGCAAAUCUCGAGUUUUGAUCACUUUCCCUAGCUUUCGAGUGGCCAUGUCCAGCCCGACGCCAAUGGAAAACGAUAUAUCUCUACAGAACGGCGGGACGGACUGUCGUCCCGAGCAAGGAGAGGUCCAAUGCCCGUCUGAAGCUGAUGGUCCUCCUGCCAAAAAGCCAGCACUGCAAGAUGCUAGCAGCAGUGGUGGAGGAGCCAAGGAAGAGGGCGCAGCGCAGCAAGAGCAGAUGGGUCCUGUGCUGGCUGGGCCAGGAGCCCUCAAGGCCACGCCUCCACUCAUUGGCUUUGGCCUCAUGAAGCUGACACCUGAGCAGCUGGAGAUGGUCACGCGUGCCAAGAAGUUUGCCAUGGAGCAGAGCAUCAAGAGUGUGCUCAUGAAGCAGACCAUUGCGCACCAGCAGCAGCAACAGAAGACACUACAACGACAUCAGGCGCUGGUCCUCAUGUGUCGGGUAUACGUUGGCAGCAUCAGCUUUGAACUCAAGGAGGACACCAUCAAGCAGGCUUUCCGCCCAUUUGGUCCCAUCAAGUCUAUCAAUAUGUCCUGGGACCCUGUGACACAGAAGCACAAAGGCUUUGCCUUUGUUGAGUAUGAGCUCCCUGAGGCGGCACAACUUGCCCUCGAGCAGAUGAACGGCGUGCUCAUUGGAGGGCGCAACAUCAAGGUUGGCCGUCCCAGUAACAUGCCACAGGCAGCACCCAUCUUGGACCAGAUAAUGGAAGAGGCUAAGACAUACAACCGCAUCUACAUUGCAUCUGUUCACCAGGACUUGACUGAAUCGGACAUUCAGAGAGAGUAUGGCUUUAUUGAGUAUGAAACCAAUGUGGGGGCUAAUGAAGCCAUUGCCUCAAUGAACCUGUUUGACCUAGGCGGGCAAUACCUCCGUGUUGGCAGGGCUAUCACACCACCUAAUGCUCUGACGCCACCCAGUGCCCAGAGCUGCAUGCCGACUGCAGCGGCUGUGGCAGCAGCAGCAGCCACAGCCAAGAUUCAGGCAAUGGAUGCAGUGGCCAACAACGCCCUGGCCUUGGGGCUGUCGUCUCCUGGAGUGAUUGGCUCGUCAUCGGCAGCCGUCAUCCCUCCGCCUGGCCUAACCAUUCCUACCUUGGUUCCCCCUGGACUUGUUGGGCCUCCAGGUGUCCUACCACAGCCGGUGCUGGCUGCUAAUGCACCAGGCAUCAUCACUGGUGUGACUCCUAUGCCACCGACAGCUGCUCUCAUCCCUCCUCCAACCAUUGUGACCACACUACCCAUGUCGGCACCUAAACCUGACCUGCUGAAUGCAGCAGCAGCCCUGGCUACGACGACGACGACUGUUGAGACUGUGCUGAGCCAAGCUACCUUUAGCCAAACGGCACUGAACCAGGCUGCUCUGAGCCAGGCUGUGCUGAACCAGGCUGUGCUAAACCAGGCUGCUUUGAAGCAGCCACCGGUGGCAAGCCAGGCCAGUGCUGCAGGCGAGCCACCCAAGGAGGAGGAUGAUCUAGCGAAGAAAAUUGCUGAAGAGCUUGAGCCACAGACACUGCAGCAGCAAGAGAACAUGAUGAUCAAGGGAUCCAAUGCACGGCACAUGCUCAUGAGGAAGCUGAUGCGGCGCACAGAGUCAUGUGUUGUUGUGCUGCGAAACAUGGUCGGUGUGGAAGACUUGGAUGACGAGCUCGAGUCUGAAGUGACAGAUGAGUGUGGUCGAUUUGGCACAGUCAAAAGGGUCAUUAUCUAUCAAGAACGGCAGUCUGAGGAUGAGAAUGCUGAAAUCGUUGUCAAGAUCUUCGUUGAAUUCUCUCAAGCACAAGAGGCAGCAAGUGCAAGGGACGCAUUGAAUGGCCGAUUCUUUGGUGGAAGGCUUGUGAAAUCAGAAUUGUACGACCAGACACUAUAUGAGGCAAAUGACCUGUCUGGAUAAUCAACAUAGGACGUGUACAUAUCUCUGUAUAUACACAUUUUCAAAAUAAAUGAAAACACCUUUGAC